GUAGGUUUCUCAGCACUGGUAUCAGCAUGCUUCAUGAAUCUUCCUCAAUCUCUUCAAUUCUUGUCUUGACAGAACCAGAGUGGUCCUCCCAGCACCUCCUUUACCAGAGGCCCUGCAAAGCAUGAGAGAAAAGAUAGUGACACAUGGCAGGGUGACCCCAGCAGGAUGUCCGAGAUCACCAAACACAUGGCAACAAGGAUGCUUCACAUGACUCAGUUCCUGAGGAAGAAGGGCCCUAUCACGAGCAAGGAGCAGCUUGUCUCCUGUGCGAGGCAGAUGGCUUCCCACGGACAGGCAUUUGUCAGAUUUGGCCGCAUCGUGGCGAAGAACUGCCUCGACCCGAGGUGCUCCGCAGAGCUGCUGUGCGCCACAGAGCAGACCCACACCAUCAGCAGCCAGCUUGGCAUUGUGGCCAGGGUAAAAGCAGUUACUGCAGAGAGCAAGUCCUCUUUGGAGCUCCUCGUGAACAACGCACAGAACCUAAUUCAAGCAGUCUUGCAUGUUCUGAAGGCAGCUGAGGCAGCAUGUAUCAAAGGUUUGCAACAGCCCCUGCCUGACUCUGAAGAAGAAGAAGUAGCUGCUUUCUGCUUGCAGUGGAGAAGGAACCUGUUAUGGCAUAGAGCUAAGGAGUCUCUAAACUCAGAGAGGGAUGAAUUAGGGCUCCGCAAAAUUCAGACAAGGGCUGAGCCCACCCUGAUGGCUUUGGUGCAAGAACAAUCACCUCAGAACACAAAUAUCACCUUCCAAGCAUCCAAAACCUAUUAAAGGACAUACAAUUAUGGAGAACCAUCUGUAAAAACAGGAAGGGGCUUUGGGCUGGAGACGAUGUGUAUCUGGCCUAGGAAGAAAGAACAUAGCUCCUUCUAGCUUUCGUCUCCCUGCUAGAGCUGCUCUUGCAGAGGACCCACAGCACAAGGCUCGAAAGGGCUUUUGUACACUGGCAGAUUCCACUCUGCAGAGGCUGACCAAAGAGAAAAAUAAUAGGGUAGUCCCUAAGAGGCCUCUGUUCCAGAUGACAGUUGGAGUAAUAAAAUGUGAUACCAAGCCACAGAAGACACAGGACUUAGGAAGCAGCUUAAAGAACUUUCCCAGUCAAAGGGAAAACAGAAGGUUUCCUGUUCAAUGAGACACCAGUCGGUUACCUGGUGCACGAGUCACUCUGAAACCAUGAAUCAGUGGCCACAAAGUGGGGCUACAGUUCUUUAUUAUUUCUAUCCUAUGUGCCCAAAUCCAGCUGCAAGCCAGCUCUGGCUCAGCUGGGCUUGUUCUUAUUUUCUUGGGCAAACAUUAACAUAAGACAGCAUUUGAUGAGCUAUCUUAAUUAUAUUCCUUUCAGUAACAACCAUAUCAUCUUCAGCACCUAAGAUACAAACAGAAGGAUGUAGGAACACCCUUGUAGCAGAAGCAGCAAAUAUGGCUGGCUUAUAUGAUAAGGAUCAGGAGGUGCUGUAAACAAGUGAACUGUUCAUCUGCUGCUUAACAAAGCUUGAGAUGGCUUAGCCAUCAUCUUCAGCAUACUAUCAAACUUCUUUUUUCCUAGGGGCAGCAAUGCUAAAACUCCUGCAGAGGAAGGGCAGUCAGAAGCAUCUAAUUCUGCAGAAGAGACAGGGCACAGAGUGGAGCUGACACACAAAAUGCAAAUUUAGAGGGCAACAUGUACUACGAAAGCUGGAGGGAGAACUGCAACGAGGAGGAAACUCAGGGAUAGGAUCACUGACUUUGAAAUGCAGAACAGGAGUGUAAUGAAAUAUUCUCAGCUUUGCAAGGAUAGAUUAAAUUUGCAGUAGAAGGAUUCGUGUCAAGAGACUCAUCAUCAUGGCAGAACAGAAUUCUAGAAGGCUAGAAUUCUCCCUACAAUUGUUUUUACCAUGGGGCAAUAAAUACCACAUUGUGAUCUAGCAAUGCUCAAAUCUUUCCACAGCACAGAGAGCAAAGAUCAGAGACAACAUUUCACUCUUUCCCAUCUUCAGAGCUGGCAGCUCUCUCAGCAUAUCCUGCAGAGAAAUAGGAUAUUUCUUUCCCAAUUCCUUUCAGCUCUAGGACUGUCUUUCUCCCAGAGUAAAACACUCAGUAUGAAUGACUGCCCAUCACUCAGGCUUCCAGAGUAUCAUUAUACCAGCUGUUCCUAGCACUGCUCUCCAUGAGGUCACUAGUUGCAAUUGUCCUACAGAAAUGCUGCUCCACACCAGCAUUUGGAGACAGAAACAAGUGAAAGACUCAACAAAGCCACACGACAGAUCAGACUUGACUUGAUGUUGGCUACAGCCUGUUGUAGCUCACUUUGGUGUGGCAGAACUGUUCCCACCUGCCUGCUCUGCCACCUCAGCACCUUCCCUGUAUCAGGCUGAUUUAGUACUUGCCUUGCAGCAAUAUAUCUCCUCCAUGUUUCAGAACACCACAUGGAGCAAUGGACACAUCAGAGUGAGUGCAGACUCGGGGAAGAAAUUUCCAACUAAUACAUCAGUGAGCACAGGCAGAGAAGCCAAGGAGAAGCUUGGGGGGACCAGGAAGGUGCAGAGGGACUUCCUGUCUGUGCAUGGCUGGAUCUAGGAAGAAGGAAGGAGAUGGUUACACAUGGAUACAACAGGCUACAGGGACUAGCUGGGCCCUCUCAAAUUACAUUUCCUCCUUUCUCUGUACCCUAUUUUUCUAAAUAUUGUAUUAAACAUACCAAGAUGGCAGUAGAUCUCCAAGGUUGGAUGCUAGCACUCUCUGUUCCCCUACUAGAACACACCCUGCAAUAACCUGCUCUGCGACUAGACCAAAAGCAAACCACUCGAGAUCCCUCACUUAUCUCAACUGUAAAGCAUGUAAUUUUGCUCUUGAUAUCAAAGCUUUUCCUUUAUUUUUCCAGUACUUAAACAACUAAACAACACCCCUCCCCCCCAAAAAAAAGCAAAACAAAAAAAACAGCUGCAUGCAGAGAGAAUCCAAUCAAGUCAUAAGCAUCCUACAGGAAGUUGUAACUUCAGGUUAGAGCUGGAAAUUGUACAAAUACUUUAAUCAUCUAAACAUGAAACUACAUGCAUUUGGCUUCAACACUGCCAGUUUUCUCCUUUGCCCUCCUAUUUCCAAUCUAUUUCUACAUUUCUGGUAGAAAAGUAUUUCCAUUUGUCCAAUUCUGACAGCUUGGGUUUUUUUUGAUGAAGCUCUUUCAACAACCAAGCCUGUCACCAAAGAAGAAAUUUUGUAGGACUGUUUACACUGAAACAACAACCAAGUUUCACAUCUGUUAUCCAGUUUUCAAUUAUUUUGAGCAAGUGUGAUUCAAAAUACCAUAAAAUUAAUACAGUUUAUACUCUGGGAAAUUAGAAAGGCAAAUUUAAACCAUUUUUGCUGUGGUUUUGCAGAUGUAGAAAUCAGCAGCUUCCUUGGUUCAUCCAAGCUCUGUUCAUCAACACAAAGAUACUUGAAUUCCUGUCUCACAGCCACAAGAACCCAAAACCUUAGGAUCUGUGACAGAACACUACACUGUCCCAGUUGCAAGGGUUAGUUGGGUCAAGAAA